GCUUGCUAAACGCAGUUCGCGCUUGACAUUUUUUUUCUUCCCAAGUUUUCCAGCCUCCCCUCUCUGUUAGCUGGAUAUUUUGAGCCCGACGCUAAUAAAAGUGUUCAGGCUGAAUUAGCUGUUUUGGAUAUUUAAAAGCAUGUGAGCCAACAGGUCAACGCAAUGGAUGUACUUUCUGUUUUGUUGUUCGCCCAGUUUCUUGGACCAAUCAUGUGUCGACACCUUCACAACCCGAUCCACCGUUGAGCCAAAGGCCUCAGAUCUAUCAAAGUGGCGGAGGACCAAGAACCCGCUACGGCACCAGACCCUUACUACCGCCAUGCGGCCGGCAGCAACAUGACGCGAAUGGACAAGAUGGACGCCAAGCCGGACAUCUCACUAGUGGGCACGUCCACUGCCCCUCAACCCUCCCUGCCUGGAGUCCAAGUCCUCCGAAGAAGUCAGUCCAGGUCCAUUUCGUCCCUGCCGCCGGAGCCAUUUAUGAUCAUGAAGAGUCGGACCCUGAACAAAAGGGUGACUAUCAAUGUGGGAGGGGUGAAGCACGAAGUGCUUUGGAGGACGUUGGAAAGUCUACCCCACACGAGGCUGGGGAGACUGAAGGAUUGCAAUACACAUGAGGCGAUUAUGGAAUUAUGCGAUGACUACAGCUUGAUGGACAAUGAAUACUUUUUCGAUCGUCAUCCUCGGUCUUUCAGCGCUGUCCUGAAUUUCUAUCGUACCGGAAAGCUCCACCUGGUGGAGGAAAUGUGCGUGCUUGCGUUCAGUGAUGAUCUUGAGUAUUGGGGCAUCGACGAACUAUAUCUAGAGUCGUGCUGUCAGCACAAGUACCACCAGAAAAAGGAACACGUGCAUGAGGAGAUGAGGAAGGAGGCUGAAUCCUUGCGACAAAGAGAGGAGGAUGAAUUCGACCAUCAUCGUUGCUCCCAAUACCAGAAGUUCUUGUGGGAUUUGCUGGAAAAACCUAAUUCGUCGCUGGCGGCAAGGGUUGUGGGGGUAAUAUCUGUUCUGUUCAUCGUUCUAUCCACAGUCGCCUUAACCCUAAACACCUUGCCAAACCUUCAGGAUCACGACGCCAAAGGCAAUCCCAUAGACAGUAAAGAACUCAGCAUCGUGGAAGCCGUCUGCAUCACAUGGUUCACUUUGGAGUACAUUUUGAGGUUCUUGUCUGCUCCUAACAAAUGGAAGUUUUUCAAGAGUGCCCUCAACGUCAUUGACUUGUUGGCCAUCCUGCCAUAUUUCAUAUCCUUGUUCCUGAUCGAGACCAAUAACAGCACCGAGUCCUUCCAGGACGUGAGGAGGGUGGUGCAGAUCUUUCGAAUCAUGCGGAUUCUGAGGAUUCUGAAGCUUGCCCGUCACUCGACGGGCCUCCAGAGCUUGGGUUUCACCCUGAGAAACAGCUACAAGGAGCUGGGUCUGCUCAUGUUGUUCCUGGCCAUUGGCGUCAUGAUCUUUUCGAGUCUCGCGUACUUCGCGGAGAAGGACGAGAUAGACACCAAGUUCUCCAGCAUUCCAGAGACAUUUUGGUGGGCUAGCAUCACUAUGACAACUGUCGGGUACGGUGAUAUUUGCCCCACCACCCCUCUGGGGAAGGUGGUUGGGACAGUGUGCUGCAUAUGUGGGGUGCUAGUCAUCGCUCUGCCCAUUCCCAUCAUUGUGAACAACUUCGCGGAGUUCUACAAGAACCAGAUGAGACGAGAAAAGGCUCUUAAAAGACGAGAAGCAAUGGAAAAGGCCAGACGGGACGGUAGCAUAGUAACAUUCAAUCGUCCGGUCAAUCUCCGGGACGCUUUUGCCAACAGCAUGGACCUCAUCAAUGUUCUAGUUGAGACGCAGCACAAUGUCAGCCAGGUAGACGCUGGAAGUCUGGAGGAAGAAUCCGCGCACUAUACAACCACUGGAACAGGGUGUUUUCGCAAUCAUGAGCAUGGGUUCAAAGCUCCUGGUCAAGGAGAGGACAAUAAGACGUUCCAGAUGACAGGAACAGGGGAUAUGGCUCCUGGUGUGGUCAAUCCUAGUACCAACAAUACCUUGGACAUGCCUCAACCGGUGGAAGAACAACUUCCCCUAAAGUCCCAGGUCGGCCAAAAGGAUGCACAGUGACAGCUUCGAUUUUUUUUUAUGCAUCAUCUAUUUUUACUUAUAAGUGGAGGAGGUGGUUCUCACUGAAAUCCUAAAAUCAUCUUGAGGUGUAAGACUGUUCAGCGCACCAAAAGAAACUACCUGAUCAAACACUGGGAAAAUGAAUCCUGUUCCUUUCAAUUCAGAAACUACAAAGCAAGCAUUAAAUGAUCAAACAAGAAAAUACACCACCAAUGUUUUACACCAAACAGAGGAAAUAAACCACACUAAACUUUCUGGAAAUGCCAUUACAAAUGUCCAAGAAUCCACUCCUUUAUUUUUUUUAUAAAACUCGAAUGAGUUUAUCAAAUCAGGAAUUAAUGAAAGAACUCUCUCAGAAGAACUCUUGCAGACACCCACCCCCGGGUGAAACAAAUAUCAGUAUUUUCAACAAGCAGAAUUUUUUUUAAGAAUUUAGAUGCUAUUAGCUGAAGAUAUCUCUCUCAAGCCUGCAUUCUCACCAGAGAAUUUGAUCUUUUAAACAUGGACUCACCAAGUCACUCUCUGACCACAUAAUGUUCUACAUAUGUGUUUCUUUCUUUUUCAAGAACUCUCAUCACGCCGAAGAGAUGUCUUCAAGUCAGUGCUUGGAUAUUCUAUUUAUCAUGUCUACUUGGAAUAUUUGUAUUUUCUAUCAAGAUGACUUUCUUCCUUUCGGAAAUAUUAGCUGCAAGUGCAGUGUGGAACGGGAUGUGAUCCUAAUUUGACAUCGUGGAGAUUUAACAUUCAUUCUCGGAGGAAAUUAUACAGCAAAUGGAACAAAUCCAGAAAAAAGAUAGAUUGAUGAAGAAUGCAAGAAAAUAUGUUUUGAAGACAAGAUCCUGCUUUCGAUUCAGGUGCCAAGUCUUUUAACUCAGAAGUCUUAAAAAAAAGCAAUGGCAGAAUCUCCGACUUGGUACAACAAUAGGCCGUAAGUUAGGGGUCAAAAAAAUACUUUCUAUCGCAACAUUCAAUAGUGUCUUUCAACCAAAAUUAGUUCCAAAUGUUCCCGAAUCCGGUUCUCAAAUCGUUUGUUUCAAACUAAAUAACAAAAAUAAUAGUAACCGUGACGGCAAUGCAACUUCACAUUGCUAUUUUCUGUCGUCCCAUGAUCAUUGCAUUAGUAAUCACAAGAAUGGUAAAACAGCAAUGCAUGGAAGUCUUAUUUCAGGUGGGUUGCUGUGAUAUUGGUUUGUCAUUUCAUUGGUAAUCAUGAUGGGAUCAUUAUUUAAUGCUAAAGUAAUGUCAGUUAGAGCUUUAAGUCACAAAACAAUAUCUAUGACUUCAUACAAAAUAAACAGAUUUUUAAUAAGAUUUAAACGCGGUAUAUUAGCCAUAAAAUAACGUUUCCUGUGAGAAGAUAUCUAAACUAAUGAAUGGAGACUAAAAGAAAAUAGACGAAGUAAAAUAAAAUUUUAUUUCAUAUACAGCUUAUAAAAGGCAGUGAGAGAUUAAUUAUGUGCAAAAAAGAAGGAAAGGGGGGCGUAAAAUCAAAAGUUUCUGAUGAUAUUUCUCUUGAUAUCUCGUAUAUAAGAAAGCUCGCAUUGAAAAUGUUGCAUAUAAGCCUGGAAAUCCCAAAGCUGAAUAUUAAAAUAUUAUUUUCAGUGAGUUUCAUAUUAUAUGAAUUCAUUUAAUGUAUUCAUUACUAUUUGUCUUUGGAAUACUAAUGAAUUUUUGUGGUAUUUAUUUACCGUACAUUCAUGGCAUAUGUUAAUCCGGUGCUGACAGCACCAAAAUCUCUCUCGUCGGCAAGCUUUUGCUAUUUUUUGUGGAAUCCAUCUCUUAUACCUUCCAAUAUGUGCGUAUGAAAUUUAGUGUCAUUCCUUUUAUUAAGUUUAAUUACAAACUUUAAUCACUUUUCCAUCAAACUUGUAAUCCCUUAAAAGAUUAGGAAGAAAUCUUUCCUGAAUCAAAUAUAAAUUUCCCUCAUUUCGAAAUAUUUAUUCAGAGCUAUAAAAUAUAACGACAACAGAAAUAUGGCCGCAUUGUCAUUUCUGAUUUUUUUUAUUACAAAAAAAAAUCACAAGAAAAUACCCUUGUGAAAUAAUAAAAUUAUCAUUUUAAUGAAUACAACAAAACGACUCAUUGGAAUGUCGCUGUGAUCUGCUUGUAAUUUAUUUGUUGCGUGAUUAUAUUUUGUUAUUUCGCGAAUUAUACGCACUUUGUUAUGGUUCAAGUUCCAUUCGUGAAAUAUCCCUAGUUAACAGCAAACAACUUUUAAGAUAUUUGAUUUUUAAAAAAAUUAAGAAAAAAGAAGAUUGGAGUAGAGUAUGUAGAGCUGUUUUGCAUUUAAUUUAGAAAUGAAAAUUUCCUAAAGACAGAAAAGUACGGCAUUCUAUUUUAUCAACAAAUGUUAGUAAAAACUGCAUUUGAGAUUGGAAUUCUUGUUGACAGUAUAGCCAAAAUAUCCGUAAUAGGAAAAAGAAAAUUUCAUACUUGUUUAAACCCUCUUUUUAAACUUUUUAAUUACAGAUUCAAAAAAAUAAGUUACUAAAAAACACGAUUAAAGGGAUGAAAAAUCAUAACAAUAGAUAAAUAUAUCUAAUAU